UUUUUCCUUCUUUUUAUUUUUGUCUCAUCGUUGACAAGCAAUAACAAAAUGUUGAAACCAAAAGUUAUAUCUCAAGUAUUACGACAAUCUACACGUGAUGGUGUCAAGGCAGCUUUACUUAUGACACAUGACGGUUCACUUCUUUCUUUUGCAACGGAUAAUGACAAGAAUGUUAAAAUUUAUGCCGCAAUUGCUGCCAACAUUUGGAGUACUUAUAAUAAGCAAAGUUCUUCGGAAACUUUUCUGGAUGGUGGUCAAUCGGAUAGUCCAAGAUUCCUUUUGUUGGACUGUGAGGAAGGAUCUGCUUUUAUUAUUGGCAUUGGUACCAUGCUUCUAUGUCUUGUGGCUGAAAACUAUGUGAAUCUUGGUAUACUUAAAGCCAAGGCCGAGGCUUUACAAGUACAUUUGCAAGAACCUUUAUUACGCGUAGCUGCAUAUCAAGAAUAAUCUCUGGAAUCUUCCCUCUCUGUUAAAUCAGUCGUAUAUAAAUUGUAUUCAAUCAGUAGAAUUAUUCCUUUCUAAUAUUUACCCAUACACGUCCUUCCACACACACACACGCCUCUCUUUCUCCUACUUACACGCAUGUUUUUAUUAUCACGUUACUCCUAUGUUUGUUAGAAUGGUGUAAAUUUGAUACCCCCCCCCCGCUUCACCUUCUCUUUUACAUCCAAUAAAAAAAAAAUCAAUUUCUCAACAUAUAAAAGUAGUAUAUACAUU